AUGCUACAAGAUGUCAAUCGUUGGACUCGGGGAACGGGCAAGACGCAGGUCGCGCUGCAGUUUGCGUACAUGGUGAAGGAGAGUUGGCCCGAUUUCUCCAUUUUCUGGCUACCUGUACUGAGUAUGGAGAGCUUCGAGCAGGCGUGCGCAGAAGUUGCGAGACAGCUGGGCAUCGAUCGGACGAGUGACGGAGAGGACGAUGCUAAAGAGCAGUUCCAACGGUAUCUAAGCACAACGCGGGCGGGGAAGUGGCUAUUGGUGGUCGACAAUGCUGAUGAUGCAGACAUCUUAUUUGGUUCCAAAGAGGCCAAGGGUAUCGUUGACUACCUGCCACAGAGCAAGGAGGGUGUGAUUAUGUUCACUACACGCACACUAGAGGUAGCAGACUCGCUGAUACGAAGUCAUGAUCUCCUCCGUAGCAGUGCAGGUAUAGACACACUGCUGGAUAAGCUGACAUGUCUACCUUUGGCGAUAGCACAAGCAGCUGCCUACCUGAACAAAACCCGCUCAACUAUUGAUAGGUACUUGCAGUUACUUGACAGCACAGAGCAGAACCUCAUAGACCUCAUGAGCAAGAAGUUCCGUGACGAUACGCGAUACGAUGACUCGGCGAACGCAGUGGCUACAACGUGGGUGGUAUCGUUUGACCACAUACGCAAGCGCGACAAGGCCGCGACAGAUCUUCUGAUGUUCAUAUCUUGCAUUGAAUGGAAAGCAAUUCCACGCUCUAUCCUACCAAGUGCGCACUCGGAAGUGCGGAUGGACGAUGCAAUUGGCACGCUCUGUGGGUACUCUUUUGUGGUAAGACGAGGAAAUGAAGAGUUGUAUGAUGUUCACCAAUUAGUGCACCUAGCAACUCGAGUCUGGGUCAGACAGUACGACGAUGCGAGAGGGGUGACCGAGAAAAGCAUCAGUAACGUGGCCGGCGUUUUCCCAUCGGACGACUAUGCAAACCCGGCAGUAUGGAGAGCAUAUCUACCGCACGCGCUACGGUUACUCGAGGAUGAUCAAGGCUGCAAGGUUGAGAAAAGAUCCAAGUUGUGUCUUUUGGUGGGACAAUGUCUGCUGGAAGACGGCAGAACCCGAGAAGCAGGGAGGUGGCUAAAGGAGUCCUGCGAACAAAGACAAAGCCUCGAUAAGAGUAAUUCGGAUCGAUUAAUAUCGCAGCACAAUCUCGCCAAAGCAUACCAAGCGAACGGACAGAUCAAGGAGGCAGUCAAGCUGCUGGAAGGCGUUGUUGCGAUAGAAGCAGAAGUGCUCACAGAAGACCAUCCUGAUCGGCUAGCGUCGCAGCACAAUCUCGCUGGAGCAUACCAAGCGAACGGACAGACCAAGAAGGCAGUCAAGCUGCUGGAAGCCGUUGUCGCGAUAAAAGCAGAAGUGCUCGCAGAAGACCAUCCUGAUCGACUAGCGUCGCAGCACGAGCUCGCCAGAGCAUACCGAGCGAACGGACAGACCAAGGAGGCAGUCAGUCUGCUAAAGUAUGUAGUUAAACUGAAAAAGAGAGUUUGA